UGGCUGACGCGACCAGGAAGUAUAAGCUGGCGCUGUUAGAAAUCACAGGAAUUCCCUUCAAGCCCCUCGUCCAUAUUUUUUGGCUGUGCCACUCUGAGAAAACGCUGGUGCUUCUGGGGUUGUGCUGGGCGCUCAAAUACGUGCGAAAUGAGCACCAGGAUUGGCCCCGGGAAGAGGAGGGAGAGGGGCGAGAGAGGAGGCUCAUCUUCCAAAGAUUGAUGUAUGUCCUCUUCAUUAUUUUAAUCUGGCUGAGAAUUUGGAUAAGCAUGGCACAGCUUCAACAGGGAGGUCCUGAUGAAAAAGAGAAGACUACAGCAUUAAAGGAUUUAUUGUCUAGAAUAGACCUGGAUGAACUGAUGAAAAAAGAUGAGCCACCUCUUGAGUUUCCUGAUACGCUUGAAGGAUUUGAAUAUGCUUUUAAUGAAGAGGGACAGUUAAGACACAUAAAAACAGGAGAGCCAUUUGUUUUUAAUUACCGUGAAGAUUUGCACAGAUGGAACCAAAAGCGCUAUGAAGCACUUGGAGAGAUCAUCACUAAAUAUAUAUACGAACUGCUGGAAGAAGAAUGCCAUUUGAAAAAAGUAUACAUACCAGUAGACGCAAUGGAAAGUGAACCCAGGAGUUUUAUCUUUAUGAGUGAGGAUGCAAUGACAAAUCCAGACAAACUGAUGGUUUUAAUUCAUGGUAGCGGAGUUGUCCGGGCAGGACAGUGGGCAAGAAGGCUUAUUAUAAAUGAAGAUCUGGACAGUGGCACUCAAAUUCCAUACAUUAAAAGAGCUAUUGAGGAAGGCUACGGAGUAAUAGUAUUGAAUCCGAAUGAGAACUAUAUUGAGGUGGAAAAAACAAAAGCCCAAGUACAGCUGUCUCCUGAUAGCUCAGAUGAACCUGCAGAAAAGAGAGAGAGAAAAGAUAGAAUCCAAAAAGAUACAAAGAAGCGACGAGACUUCUAUGAGAAAUAUCGGAAUCCGCAAAAAGAAAAGGAAAUGGGCCAGUUGUAUAUUAGAGAAAAUGGCUCUCCUGAAGAACAUGCAGUUUAUAUAUGGGACCACUUUAUCUCCCAAUCAGCAGCUGAAAAUGUGUUUUUUGUGGCUCACAGUUAUGGUGGACUUGCAUUUGUGGAAUUGAUGAUUCAACGGGAGGCAGAAGUAAAAAAUAAAGUUACUGCUGUGGCAUUGACAGACUCAGUUCACAAUGUGUGGCAUCAAGAAGCUGGCAAAACUAUUCGAGAGUGGAUGCGAGAGAACUGCUGUAAUUGGGUGUCAAGUUCAGAACCUCUGGAUGCAUCAGUAGAGUCCAUGUUACCUGACUGUCCGCGUGUCUCUGCAGGUACGGAGCGGCACGAGCUAACCUCCUGGAAGAGCUACCCGUCGAUUUUCAGGUUCUUCAGCGAGGCGAUGGAGGCGAAGACCAGCUCGGGCAAAGCGGCUCCGACGCGGCGCUCGCAGCGGAUCCGCUACGAGGAGCUGUAGCAGGGCGGGCGGAAGCCGGCGUCUGCCUGCCUGGCUCGGUGCAGGCGCUCUCCAGUCCCAGCCCCUCAUUAGAUUGUUUUCUUCCUGGAGCACAGGGUCGCCGUGUAUACAUCUAAGUAGCGUUUUGCAUUAUUUCUAGAUGAGUGCAACUGUCAAAGCAAUAUGGGUUCACUGGUUGUGCUUCCUGUAGGCUGUAGCUUGGAUUUCGGGCUGCCCAUCAGUGCGCAGAUUAAGCCUGACAGCAGCACUGCAUAGCACAGCCUGGUGCAGCUCUAAUUGCCCUGACAUAGCCCUGCACCGAGCUGAUGGGACGCCGCCUGGCCUCUUCCCGGGUCCUAGCGCCCGCCAGAUCCCUUGGGCACUUUGCCUCCUCUUUCUCCCCCCCUUCAUCGGAGCUCAUUUUUUUACUUUAAUUGAUUUUAAUGACGGACUUUAAACCUAGCUAACCGAGUUUCUGCCCACGUGUUAGGCUUUUUAAUAAUUUCCCCGCAAAAGCUUUUGGGCAGGAUUUUUUUUAAAAAUUACGUUUUUAAAAUCCAUGGACCCGAAUAAAUUGCAGUAAUGCCAUAGUAGCAAUCCUAAAUCACCCACUUCUAUGAGACUUGCUGUCACAUAAAUUUUUAUUUUAUUUUAUUUUAUUUAUUGGAUUUCUUAGUCACCCAUCUGGCUGGCUAACCAGUCACUCUGGGCGACGUGCAAAAUAGCAUAAAAUGAUACAUCAAUACAAUAACAUUAAAAUCUAAAAGCAAUGAUGUUAAAAUCUAGCCCACCCCAAAGGCCUGCCUGAAGAGCCAGGUCUUCAUGGCCCGGCAGAAACUCAUUGUAGAGGGGGCCUGGCGGAGAUCAUUUGGAAGGGAGUUCCAUAGGGUGGGGGCCACAAUUGAGAAAGCCCUUUCUUUAGUCCUCACCAGUCUAGCUGUUUUGACUGGUGGGAUAGAGAAGGUCUUUUGAGGCCGAUCUUGUUAGGCGGCAAUGUGUUUAGGAUAUGCGCUUAACUCUAACAAAAGGCUGUUUUGCUCUAUUUCUACUUCAUAAGGCUGUGGAGAGGCUGUAAUCUGGAAUAAUACACUUAAUGUGUACUUUGUUUUCAUUUUAUUAAGGAUGGAGAUUUGAGCCACCCAGAUCAGGGCUCCUGCAAAUUUGAUUAUAGAAAAAGAAUUCAAUUUUACACCCAAAUGCAUCCAAGCUACUAAAUGCUCUUUGUUUUGGGAUAUUUUGGAUUUCUGGGAGUUUGCUGCGUCUUUUUUAAUUGAAAAGAUGUUUUAGGGACAAAUGUAAUAUAAAAAAAAUAUUUCCAGUAUUUAAAAUGUUGCUUCUAAUACGUGGUUGAAACGUUUAUUUUUUAUUCUGACAGAAUAUCUAUUUUGUGACGGAUCAGAUUGUUAUUAGCUUUUUUAAAACGCUGGGCCCUACCAGAACACCGCAUUCUCCACCCUCAGCAGCCUUACUUUGUCCGAGGUGAGGGCAACAAGAGUUUUUCAUUACUUGCUGAAACAGGGUCCACUUUUGCGGGGAGGGAAACCCCCGUUGUCUAAAGACCCCCCCCCAAGGGCCUCAGUGUGUGAAACUCCCGAAUCGGUUUCGUUUCACCUUAACCUUCUGGUGACUGUGAAAUACGGAGAGCAAAAAAAGAAAAGCAGCAUGUAUUACGUUGCUAAUCGCUUUUAUUAUUGCCAAGAUGUCUUCAUUUUCACAUUCCUUAAAUUCCUAAUCACUUUCAAUGUCUUAGGACUCUAAAGUUCCACACAGACCUAAAGUCCCUAUUUUGCCACCAGGUGUUUCCAGUGGUCACCAUACUGAACAAUGUCUGCACCUCCAGGCUACAGAGCUCCAAACUCCUUACCAGGGGGAAAAAUGAGAGGAAUGGGUCCCAGCAACUCAUGGGCCCAUCCCCCCCGAAAACUCUCUCCCAGCCCUACUGCAAGCAAGGGCCCCAACCCAGUGCGAAGCUACGCCCUGAAGCUCCCUGUAAAUCCAUUCGGUUUGGGGCGCAUCCCUGGCAGAGUCAGAGUUGCCAGUGACGCUUGCGCAGGAGGGAUUUCCCAGAGAAUGGUCGUCACCCUGCCUCCUCUGGGGCAGCAGGGCCUAGCUGGUUCUGGCAAGGGCACCAAGGACCAUUUGAACGUUUCCCUGUUUCUCAUCUCAGAAGUUGCUAGAACAGAAAAGGAUCACAUUUCACUCAUGCGUACAUUUGACGGCGGCAAAAUUUUGUUAGAUGCCACCCCCUCGUUUAAAGGGAAGCUUUAUAUGCUUUCAAAACAGGAUCGAAGCAGCCGAGAGGAGCGCUUUUGCCCCUAGCUGCACACGUCUUUGCUGCGCUAAGUUAUCCCAAAAUGCGUUCUUGGGCUUAAGGGGCCCGGUCCUUGUUCAAAGGGAGCCGGAGGGGGUGAGCGCCUGAGCUUUCCCGGGCAUUGGAAACCUCCCGGCGUCGUCUCUGUGGGCAGAGUCCAAAGCCAGAGCCCCGCUGCUCCCAGCGCAUCCCUCGCCUUAAGCUGUUGUGUCUCGCUGGGCCUGCUUGGACUCUUGCGCUGCCCCCCACCGUCGUCUCCGUGCCCUUAACCCUUGGUAAGGGGUGACCUUUUUUGACCGUAAAGCUGAGCAACUCCAUUUUUUGCAGAGUAAAUGGCGGGUGAAUGUACGAUCCAUCGGUGUGCAAGCUUUCCCUGGUCCCGUCUCCCUCAUCCGAUCGCCUCGCCGCCUCUUUGCCCAUCCGUGUUCUCUGGAACUGCUGCUUGCUCGCUUGCUUUCACCCGGCCGCUUAAUGUCAAUCUCAGGCUAACGUAUUUAGUCUUUUAUUUUUUUUUCUUUCCUGUUCACGGAUGUACUUUCUUUAGGUAGGAUGUCGUUGGCCUUUUCCAUAGCAAACCUUAGACCGUCGCCUGCCUUUGGUGAAAGCCUCUGCAGCCCUGCGAAAUGCCACAUCUCACGAAAUUACUGUUUACACGUGUGGUUCCACCAGCCCCUCGCCCUGUGUCUUGCACUGUCGCCGGGUUGUGUUCUCGCUGCUUCUGCUCCGAACUGAAGCGUAGGGAGUUGUUGAAGGGUUGCCUCUUUCUGUUUACACUGAACCAAUAAA